GAAUAAGUAGCACUCCUACAAACAAAAGAGUUCCGUUACCUCAUAACAGAAUAAGAAAACUCUGUUAGAAGGCAUGUCAUAUUUUACAGCAAAAAUGAAUCUACAUAAAUCCAGACUUUUGACCAGGAAUUAAAAUAUACAAUGAAAAAGAAGAAACUGCCACCAUUGCUGUGUAUACUGCCAUUUAUUAUUGCUAAAUGUUCAGGACUGUGUCCUUCAGAUAUCAGUUGUGGAUGGAAGUCCCAGUGUGUGAACGGUAGCUGUCAGUGUUCUCCAGGGUACCGUCUACACUCCAACCAACAAGACUGCCAAAACGUGAGUUGUUCACAGGAAGACUGUUUAGAAUGUGGUGCUGACAGUUGCAGCAGGUGCACAAAUUUUCUGGAUGAUCAAACACUGAGCUGUUUGGAAAAGUGCAAUGGACAAGCUCAAAAGUCACAACUUCCUCACCUCCAAGGAAAUGUCUGUAAAAGAUAUGAGAAUGACAGUGAUAAGAUUGACGUUAUCAUUGGAGUGGUGGCCGGGGUGACAGUAGGGGUGUUUCUCUGUGUUAUUGUGGGCCUUAUAUUUUACUGUCAGAUCAAGAGAACAAGAAAGAAAAUAAAUCUUCAUCAGAAGCACUACAAAGCAGGAAAUAUGCAGUCUGGGACACACACCACAAUACCUCUUUAUGACAAUAAAGGAUUUGAGCCCGAUUCAGACAUGUUACAGAAGAGUGUGGUGGAUAAAGAGGUUUACUUUGCUGAGCUGGACAAGCUGAGGCCACAGGCUCCAUCUUUACUGGCCCUCCUUAACAACAUCAGACAGAAGCUCAGAGCCAUGGAUCCCAAUGACACUAGGGUUUCUACUUACAAAGGAGUCAUCCAUCAGAUGUGUCGAGUGCUUGUAUUGGUUCACAAGAAGGACCCUGGGGUCAGCAUUCCCUCUGAUGCACUGGGUCUGAUAGAAUGGGCCAAACAGAUGUUGGAAGAUAAUCAGAUUGGGAAUCAGGAGCAGAAUGGCUCUGGUGAUUCAGCAGAUGCAGCAGGGAGCAAGAUCUCUUACAUCGACGUCCCAGAAAAAAGGCAGAACCACCAGUAUGCUGUGCCUAAUGUCACACGAGCGGAGAGUGACAGCAACAUUGCCUCACAGGCCAGCUAUUACAGCAGUGCCCCAGUCCCUGUCGAGUAUCACAGUCACACGCUGCCAUCUUAUGCCAAAAUACGCAAUUCUGUUUCCACAUUACUGCCAGAUAAAAACAGAAACAAGAAUGAAAGUGUUAAAAAAUCCACACAAAAUACUGUGCUCAGUUCCAAGAGUAAUGAUUUCUCCUCAGGCUAUUUUAGAAAUGGUCAUUACUAUGAUCCUGGACCUAAUCCAGAAAUCUAUGCCCCUGCUAGUUCAUACAGUGAUCGCAGCACUAAGUUGUUGACAACGUUUCAGUCUGACAUUAGGAGGACACCAUCCAUUUCUUCUUCUGUGUCCUCAGCUGGUGGGGUGACAAGAGACGAAGCUGAUGAUGAGAGUGUAAACAAUGACCCCCUUCCUUUUGAUCCUAAGGAUGCCACAGAGCCCGUAGAAGUUUAACAUUCUACAUCGUGUUGAUCCUAAGGAUGCCACAGAGCCGGUAGAAGUUUAACAUUCUUCACCAAGCUCCGGAAAGAAAUGUCUGCCAUCAUGAUGAGGUUUUUUUUCAUGAUUUUUGUCCAAAAACAUUCCACACGUUUAAUUUUUUUUUUUGAUGUUACUUACUUUAUAUCAGUUUGAAAAGGUGUCAGUACGUAUAUUUGGUCUACUUGUACAUGUAUGUCUCUGUAAAUCAUACUUAACAAUCCACUUUACAGGUACAGUGUAAUCCAUUAUUUAAGUUCAUAUCUGUUGGGUAUUUAUAUCGAUUUAGCAAUUUUUAAAUUUACAUUUUUCCCCUCUUAAUUUUUGCAAUAUGGUUGUGAUUUUUCAAAGUUGUUUUAUUCUGGUACCCUAUUGUACAAUUCCUCUAUUUAUAUUUGUUUUAUGUGCAUUUAUAAUUUCUUUAUCAGUUUAAUUAAGAAAAAAGUGAAACAAUGAUAUUU